AUGUCUUUCCUGGCUGAACAAAAUGUAGAAUUAAAAAAGAAGUACGAUCUACUAGAAAUUGAACGGAAAAAGGACAAGGAACAUAUUACUAUUUUGGAGGGACAGUUAGAGGACAUGAGAAGGGACAGAUUAAAAAGCAAUAUAGAGAUAAGAAACGUACCCAAAAUUAAUAAUGAAGUUAAGGAACACCUUAUAAAUAUUAUAAUAGAAUUGGGUAAAUCAGUUAACUGCCGAUUAGAAGACAGAGAUAUAAACGACAUAUAUAGGACUAAAUCGAAGAAGGAAGGAAGUACCAGCUCCCCCAUAAUAGUUGAACUACACUCCACCAUUCUGAAGAUGCAGUUCUUGCAGGCUUGCAAGGCUUACAAUCUAAAGAAUAGGGAUAAAUUAAGAGCCAAACACCUUGGUUUAAAAUCUCAAGCACAGGAAAAUAUACCUGUCUACAUUGCAGAACAGCUGACGGCCAAGAGUGCCCGUCUGUACUUCCUUGCCAGAGAUCUUGCCAAAUCAAAAUCCUACAAAUAUUGUUGGACCUCCUACGGUAGAAUCUAUGUUAGGAAAGCUGAUAACUCACCCAUCAUUAUAAUAAACAAUGAAACAAUCAUUCAGAAACUCUUACAAGAAAUAUGA